UGGCGCUCGGAAGGCUGUGAGAUGAGAAAACAGGGUGGUAAAUUGAGAACGCUCCUGCCGAUGUAUUAAGGUUGUACAGGUGAGGGAAGAGAAGGUGGAAAUGGAAUUGCCAAAUCAUGCCAAACAAUUGCUGCUGCAGCUGAAUCAACAAAGAGCUAAAGGCUUCCUGUGUGAUGUGAUCAUAGUGGUGGAGAAUGCUCUCUUUCGAGCGCACAAGAACAUCCUGGCGGCCAGCAGCAUAUACUUCAAGUCCCUCAUGCUCCACGACAACUUGAUCAACCUUGACACCGACAUGGUGAACCCGUCUGUGUUCCGGCAGGUCCUGGAUUUCAUUUACACUGGCAAGCUCUUGUCGUCCGACCAGACCACCGACCAGAACUUCAACGCCCUCCUGACGGCAGCAAGCUACCUCCAACUCCACGACCUGGCUGCCCUCUGUAGGAAGAAGCUAAAGCGCAGCGGAAAGUCACUACCCAGCAAGCCCACCACCCCGAGUGUUGGGCGGCCACUCCGUAACCAGAGGCUGUCCUCCACGCCGGUCACUCCAAAUCACUUUUCAGGUUCAAAAAACUGUGAGAAAAAGCCACGUCAGGGCGAGCUGCUGAACGACAAGCUGUCAGAUGACGAGAUCCUCAUCAGCAGCUCCCAGCGCAGUGGCUCUGCUAACUCCCUCAGCCUGGCAGCCACAAAAAAUGGCAGCAACGGCAACAUUAACAGUAGCGGUGGUGGUGGCAGCGGUGACCAGGAGCUGGGCCUAGACCUCUCCAAGAAGAGCCCCUCAGUAAGCACGGCCACAGAGGAGGUCAGCCCCAACAGCAACCCGCAGGAGUCGCCCCAGUCCGCCACAGCAUCCAUAGCCAACAGUGCCUCAUUCGAAGACUCCGCCACCAACUCCCAGAGCCUGGACAGCGGUGAGCCCAUGGACCUUGGAGAAGGAGGGGGUGAGGACAGCCAGUCCCUCCCAGACGCAGGCCAGCUGCGCAAGAGCUCACGCCAGAUUGCCCGCAAGAAGGAGUGGCCCAAGAAGGAGGGGGCCGGCAAGGGGGAGGAGGCGGAGCUGCCCGUGCCCAAUGGCGUCGCCGGCGGGACGAAGGCAGUGGGGGAUCAGCGGUCCAGCGGCGGCAGCUUCAGCUCGGACCAGUCAUUCCGCUGCAAGGGGGAGGAUGAGGAGGACGUGGAAAACGGGAAGGAGCAUAGCGAUGAGAGCGGGCAGAGCGAGGGCGAGGGUGGCCACACCAGCGCCAACUACGUCUACCGGCAGGAGGGCUUUGAGCCCGCCUUCGGGGACAACCUUUACGUCUGCAUCCCCUGCGGAAAGGGCUUCCCCAGCUCGGAGCAGCUCAAUGCCCACGUGGAGACCCACACUGAGGAGGAGCUGUACAUCAAGGAGGAGGACGCCUACGGCAAGGAGGCGGCAGAGGACCUGUCGGCGCAGACGUCCCCGGCGUUCGGCGGCGAGUCGCGGCCCUUCAAGUGCUCAGUGUGCAGCAGGAGCUACAAGGACCCGGCCACCCUGCGGCAACACGAGAAGAGCCACUGGCUGACGCGCCCGUUCCCCUGCAACAUCUGCGGCAAGAUGUUCACCCAGCGCGGCACCAUGACCCGCCACAUGCGGAGCCACCUGGGCCUCAAGCCCUUCGCCUGUGAGGAGUGCGGCAUGCGCUUCACGCGGCAGUACCGGCUGACGGAGCACAUGCGGGUCCACUCGGGUGAGAAGCCCUACGAAUGUCAGCUCUGCGGCGGCAAGUUCACCCAGCAGCGCAACCUCAUCAGCCACCUGCGAAUGCAUACCUCCCCGUCAUAAGCCAAAGACUUCGAGACAUCCUCGUUCUGGAAAGCGCGCACACACAUCUGUGCCCCCAACC